CACACUCUUGUCCUUUUACUUUAAUGCUCACUCACUGUUUCCACAUCCUUCUGUACGCCACUCUCUCUCUCCUUUUUAAAUCUCCCCCUUCCACUCUCACACACUUGGAUUGGAGAUCCUUUCGUCAUCUCUCUCUCUCCUCUUUCAAAUCAAACCAACGACCCUGGUGAAAUUUGAGUGGAGUCGUAGCUACGCUUUACUCAUCUCAUGGAAGAACUGCAACCUUUGGUGAAAUUCACGGAACACGUCGUCACCACUAACAAGCUCAUCAAUCACCCGAGAUCCGCCAACCUCCGCCGUAAAGUUGUCAGAAUCGUUCUCGCUGACGCCGACGCAACCGAUUCUUCCAGCGACGAAUCGGACGCCUCCGUGCACAGAGUCCGCCGCCACGUCCAGGAGAUCACGUUCAGGAACUCGCCGCCGCACCACCAGAAACUAGAGAGCCGUCAGACUAAGAAGCGCAGGCGGAGCGCUCCGGGAAACGACGCUUUUCGCCGGAGAAAGUUCCGCGGCGUGAGGCAGCGGCCGUGGGGCAGAUGGGCCGCCGAGAUCCGGGAUCCGACCCAGAGAAAACGGGUCUGGCUGGGAACCUACGAUACGCCGGAAGAAGCCGCCACCGUUUACGACAAAGCCGCCGUCAGACUGAAGGGCCCUGCCGCCGCGAUCAAUUUCCCCGAACCGGCUGCGCUGACGGAGAGUGACGGCGUUCCGUCGGGAAAGGACGCCGCUUUGUCCCCGACGUCGGUGCUCCGUUACGAGGAGUUCACGUCGUUUGACGGACUCGGCGUUGACUUCGGAUUCGACUUCGACUGGCCGUUAAGUUUGCCGGUGAUUGGGAUGUCGGGGAAAUUCUGCGCCGAGGAAUUCGGCGAGUUUGACUUUGAUGAUUUCAUUAAUGAGCUAAGGUGACGUAAGCUUGCCGGGUUUGAUUGGCGCGGGUGACCUGGCAAGUUGGCGGGAAUUCCCGUGGACUUGUCAUUGCUCCAAUAGUGUGUAUUUAUUUAGUAGGUUUCAUUUAUUAUGUUAAUAGGCAAAAGUGCCCCAUUCCUUAUUCAUAUUUUGAAAAAUGCCCACCCUUAUCAUGCAAAGCUAUCCAUGCCCUAAAUUACUAAUUAACCCUUAAGUGGGUCAACAUCUUAAGUAAUCAUUUCGGUCUUCUUACACAAUCUUACACAUUUUUAAGUU